GGGCAGGCCAGUAGUGCCCCAUCAGGCUCAGUUUCCUCCCGGAUGUCAAUCUACCACUGCAUCGAACGCCACCGAGGCGAUGGUCAUGAUAAGCGGCUACAUCAAAGAUUCAAUGUUACCUGAGGGCCACACGGGUGGGCGCCAUGAAGCGAGAGAGUUUGGGGGUCCUGCUCUUCGGUGCCCAACUGCAGUAUUUUUAUAAUAAUAUUUCAUAUCUCGGGAGCGAUAACACCCCCACCAAGCACUGCAAUGUCAACCCUUCCAAGCCUCCUCAAGUGCAAUAAGAUAGUGUAGUGAGGCCCAGAUUGUCGGGUACUUCUCUCCCUCUCACUAGUAUUAUUGUGGCAAUAAUGUGUCUUUGAUAGUAGUGCUGAGGUACAUUGUAGUACCGUCAGACUAGUCGCGGCCACCGGGCUGCGGCCGCUCCACCAAGCACUGCAUCCUUCGGCAUCAGUUUCACCUCUUGUAUCCGUACGGGUCAUGAUCAGUUCAAUGUUCGCAGCUGGACCAUGCUUAUGGCCUGACAGAAGAUACACGGUCCUCUGCUUCCUUUCCUUAUUAUUCAAGUACCAUUCCGUACGAGCAGAGACAAGAUAAGAAAGCUGUCUUCUGGCUGUGUUUGUAUGACUGCCUGGUUCAAGGUCUCCGAGUCUGCGCUGCCAAAGCAAAUCCUAUCAACCUGUUAGAGUCGAGAUUCGGAGUGACAGUGACACCCAAGCAAGAGAAUUUUCGGCAACGUAUACAAUAAAAUAAAAAGGCAAAAAAAAAAACUAUGGGUUACACGCCCAAAGACGCCUCCAUCCUCAUCGUAGGAACGGGCACUUUCGGCCUCAGCACCGCCGUGCAUCUCGCCCGGCGUGGUUUCACAAAUAUCCAAUGCCUGGAUCGCUACCCCUACCCGUCCCCCGACUCGGCGGGCUACGACAUCAACAAGAUCAUUGGGAUGCGCAACGACACCCCGCUCACCGCCCGCGUAAGCCGUGAAGCAUUGGCCGGCUGGCGAGAGCCUCUGUUCCGGUCCGUCUGGCACGAGGUUGGUUUGAUCACGGCCGCCACCAACGAAGAAGCCGUGAACUACUGUCGCUGGGCUUACCAAAGCUGGAUCGACUGCGGCGAAGGGGACAACGUGAAAUGGUUGGAAACAAAAGAAGACUUCAAGGCACUGGUGCCGCAAAUGCGCGAUGGCACUCUACCAAACUGGCGUGGUUUCUUCCAUAAGCGUGCCGGUUGGGCUCACGCCAAAGAUGCGUUGAAGAUCAUGGGCGAUGAGGCUGCUCGUCUGGGUGUCAAAUUCGCCACCGGCAAGUCGGCCACCAUGAAGUCCCUGCUGCUGGAUGAACACCAACAAGCGGUGGGCAUCAUCGCCGAGGACGGUACUCGGUGGAUCGCAGACCGCAUCGUUUUGUGCACCGGGGCUUGGAGCGAUUCGUUGCUAGAUACCAAAGGCCAGUUGGAAGCAAAGUGUUGGACAUUGGCACAUAUCCAGCUCACGCAUAAGGAGCGCGACGAGUUCAAGGGAAUUCCUGUCGUGAUGAAUCUUGAGGAAGGCUUUUUCUUCGAACCUAGCACUGACGGCCAAAUCAAAAUCUGCAACGAAUUCCCCGGCUUCACUCACAAAGUUACACUGCCCGACGGCCGACAAACCAGUGAGCCACGGUCACAUGCUCAGAACCCCUCAGACUCGAUUCCACAUCAGUCACGCAAGGAGAUCCGAGAAUUUUUGGCCAAGACAGUGCCACAGUUCAAAGACAGGCCUUUUGUCACGGAGAAGGUCUGCUGGUGCACAGACACCAACGAUCGUAACUGGCUGCUGGAUGUUCAUCCUGUCCAUCCGCGCUUGGUGGUGGCCACUGGUGACUCCGGAGUCGCUUUCAAAAUGUUGCCUGUCAUGGGCAAGUAUAUUUCCGAUCUGGUGGAGGGAAUCUCCUUGGAUCCCAUGUUGCAACAGGCCUGGAAGUGGCGACCAGAUAAAAAUGAUCACAGCCAGCGAUGGGGAGGAGAUGGGAAGACGCGUGACCUGAAAGACAUGGAAGGUUGGAGAGCUGGAGAGGCUCCCCGUGAACCCCUCGUGUCCAAGUUGUGAAGAGGCCACCCGGCACUAAAAGUCGUGUCGACGGUCAGAUGCAGCUCUCCCUUGAUUGCUGCUCCGAGCCGUAGGCGGAAGACCGGUUUGGCUCCAACAACGCUGUGCCUAUGCCAGCGUUUUCGGCAAUGCUAGUAUCUCAGCGUGGUGCUGCCUGCCAUGAUAGUCCAGGAUGAGGAAACAGUGAUGGCUCAACGACCUCAGAGAACGUUGAUCGACCGGCGCUGGUGAGACUCCAUGCCGCCGUCGUAGCAGGCCCAAAAGAUAAUCGAGGGAGCGGAAAGCGUCAUCAUCAUCAUCGUCAUCAUCGGCUGACAGCUUGCAACAUAGCCAAAUACUCGCGCGUCUAAUGUCAAGCUCGACCAACGGGGAGUAUCCUUCAAGGACUCGAGGAGCCGUCCAUAGGACCCAAAUAGUAGUUUCCUUUGAAGUCAGACGAAGAAGUAUGGUGAACUACAGACAUGAUGGCCGACCAACCUCGGCAGCAUAUUGAAGUCCGCUCGGAGGUCGUUGCUGGCUGUACGCAUCAUUACUCCACGAAAUCUGAUUUCCUGGCACCGUUUCCUUUGGCCAAAACUGGAGAGCCUGAGUGUCCAGGGCAAUGGCCAAGACCAUCAAGACAGCACCCCCUGUCACCGGCUAUAUUUCGGUCUCCUUAGUUCGUCGUUGCACACCUUGACACGGCAGUUGUGAGGCUUGUGCUGGACCUUGUGAGGUUCAAAAGUGUUUUAUUAGCCAGACACCACUUCAGGCCAGGGCGGGAGAAGAUCUUGAACAGUUCGGGGUUGGUCGCUUGCUGUUGCACCGGCACUUCUCCAAUCAGGCUGGCUCAAGCGCUACAGACAAGACCAUCGUUGUGCUAAAUAACACCAUCUUCUUCCCGUGCCACACUCCAGUCACACGUGCUAGCGCACUCUCGAG